AAUUCUGCCAGUGCGUGUGGAGGGUGGUGCUGAGGAAGGUGUGGAGGGGUGGUGUGGGAGAGAGAUCGAGGGUCGUUCAGAUUGGUCCAAUUAUUUGCCUCUCCCUGUUUUUUUUUUAGCGUGGAGCCCAACUCGCACUCGAGCGACGUGAGAACGGAUGCGGAUGGACAGCUGAAGGUUGUGCGCAUGUCUACCUAGCCCUUUAAAACUCCCCGCUUUUUACACAACCACAGAGAUCUGCUAUCUCUAUUGCCGGGCUACAGCGCACUCGGCACAGCACGAGGAACCCACCCAGGCUGACACCGAGCGGCUCUUAAAGUACGGGAUUUCCCGGCUGACGCGCACUUAAUGGCAUCAACCCGGCUUCUCUCUUUGUGUUUACUCUGUCUGUCCGCAGCAGAUUGCCAGGUCCAACGUUACGAUGGGUGGUACAACAAUCUUGCUAACAUUCAUUGGGGAAGCACAGGGAGCAAGCUGCUGCGCCUGGCUCCGGCGUCGUUUGCCGAUGGCGUCUACCAGAUGUGGGACGAUCCCACGGUGCCAAACGCGCGUCGCUUGAGCAGCGGCGUCAUGCGGGGAGAGAGCGGCCUUCCCUCGGCCCUCAACCGCACCGUGCUGGCCGUCUUCUUCGGUCAGCACAUUGUGGAUGAAAUCGUCGACACACGACAAGUGGGCUGCCCGGCCGAGUUCCUCAACAUCCCCAUCCCGUGGAACGACACGGCCUUCUCCAACAGCCCCUACCACGUGCUGCCCUUUCAGCGCAGCCAAUGGGACAAGAGCACCGGCUCGGCCCCAAACAACCCGAGGAUGCCGGUGAAUAAGGUGACAUCGUGGCUUGACGGCAGUGCGAUAUACGGUUGUUCGAGGAGUUGGUGUCACGCGCUGCGCACGUUUGACAGGGGGAUGCUGAAAAGCAGCGAGAACGGCUCCCUUCCCGCUGUCAGCGACCGUUCUCUGCGGCUCAUCGGUGCCCCUUCCCCAUCCUACAAAGCGGGCAGCUCGGGGCACAACAAUCUCUACGAGUUUGGAAAUUCACGAGGAAAUGAGAGCCCUUUCCUGAAAGCCAUCGGCACGGUGUGGCUGCGCUACCACAACCACUUGGCGGAAAAAAUGCGCCAAGAAAACCCAGAAAUGUCUGACAAGGAGCUCUUUAUAAAUGCACGCAAAUGGGUCGUGGCAGUGUAUCAGAACAUUGUCCUCUACGAAUGGCUGCCAGCAAUGCUUGGGAAGAACACGGCGGAAUACAAAGGGUAUAAGCCCCAGGUGAACCCCAGCAUUUCGGUGGAGUUUCAGGCGGCCGCAAUGAGGUUUGGCCACACUAUGGUGCCACCGGGAGUUUACAAGAGGGAUGAUUCUUGCAAUUUUAAGCCAUCUGAUCCAAAGUCUGAAUAUAAUGCAAGCCGCAUGUGCAACAACUACUGGACCAAGGAGGUUUUCCGAUCAGGACACGAAGUUGAUGAAUUCGUGCUCGGAAUGGCUUCUCAAAUUGCCGAACAGGAAGACCACGUCAUUGUCGAGGACCUCCUAGACAGCAUGUACGGCCCUAUGAAGGCUUCCCGGCUGGACCUCAUGGCCAUUAACAUCCAACGUGGACGGGACCACGGAUUGCCCAGUUACGUUAAUAUGCGGAAAGCCAUGAACUUGGACCCAAUCACCAAGUGGGAAGAUAUCAAUCCCACGCUUAGUCAAAGAAAUCCAGAGGUUAUCGAGCGACUGAAGCGUUAUAACGGUGACAUCUCGCGGCUGGAGCUGUGGCCGGGGGGGCUCUUGGAGUGCCAGGGGGGGCCUGGGCCCCUGUUCUCGCGAAUUCUCGUUGAUCAGUUUGAGCGCAUCCGCGACGGGGACCGCUUCUGGUUUGAGAACACCAACAACGGGAUGUUCACGAAGUCGGACGUGGAAGCUGUUCGAAGGACGAAAUUCUCGAGUGUCCUGCAAGCCGUGAUGAGGGUCAAUAACCGCACCAUCCAGGAUGAAGUGUUCUUCUGGAGAGCAGGAAACCCUUGCCAGCAGCCCAAGCAGCUCGCCGUGAGCGACCUGGAGCCGUGCACGCCCCCGGAGACCAUCGACUAUUUCUCAGGAAGUACGGGCAGCUUCGCAGCCACCAUCGUGGCCCUACUGCUGCUGCCUGUAGUGUGCAUUUUAGUGUUGUGCCUCGUGUCGCGCCAACGGAAGAAAAGCUUUGAAAAAAUGAAAGAUCAGCAGCAGCUGAAGACGGGAAAGAAGCCCGGAGCAGAUGGAAUUCGUGCCAGCGAAUGGCAGGGCAAGAAGGAACCCCUGCGGGACGUGCGGUUGAGGUUCGACGACGCGGGCUCCAUCAAGGUGCUGGACUGCGCGGGGGCCCUGCUGCGCAGCCUGGAGGUGAAGGCCCUGUCGGGCGUGGAGCUGCUCUCCGCCAGCGACAAGGGCAACCUGCUGCUGGUGCACGUGCCCAAAGAGUACGACCUGGUCCUGUUUUUUGAUUCCGAUUUACAGCGAACUAGAUUUCAAGAAGAUUUGGAUACAUUCUUAAGACAAUUUGAGCGUCACUUCAUUUCCAAAUCCGGUGGCAAUGAAAAGUUGCUGCUCAUGAAUGCAGUUACAAAAGAGCAACGGCAACUCAUACUGGAGACAUACUUCAGAAAGAUCUUUGCAACGGUUUUGCAGAUUGAAUCAUUUGGACCACAAGACGAGCUGAAUGUGAGCGCCGAGCCGAUGAACGAAUCACCUGUGAAGUGUGAGCUGUCCCCCAGUGAGCUUGGGGACUUGUUAGGCCUUAAACCCGACUCUACUUUCCUGCAACACAUGUUUCGUCUGGCGGAUGGAGACAAGAAUGGCUACCUGUGCUUCAGCGAGCUUCUAAGCGUGCUGCUAGUCUUCAUCAAAGGAACUGCUGAGGCCAAAUCUAAGCUGAUGUUCCGUAUGUACGAAGUCAGCCAAACUGGCUGCAUGACGAAGGAAGAAUUUGAAACUAUGCUUAGAUCGUUUCUGGAGUUGUCCGAUUACAGUUUGCCAAAGGAGGAGGAGGACAGCAUCAUGGAGUCGGUGUGCAGCGAGUACGGCCUCAGCGGCAAAACAGAAUUCACGUGGCAGGACCUGCACAAGCUCUUGAAUGAGCACUACCAUGAUGCCAGCAACCUGCAAAUCCACGUCGCUGGGAUGCACGUGCCAAAGACAAAGAGAAUCGAGCACACCAUCUCCUUCAUCCAUCAUCGCAAAUCGCACGAUGGUUCUAAUGCUGGGAGAGUCGCUGGUAAACAAGAUGAGAAGCCCGCAGAGUCUUCGCACAGACACCCGCGAGGUCGCUUGUUUACAGAAGCCCGGCGUCAACACUACAAUCGAAGCAAGCUGGGGCAGUCGAUGCAGGCCGUCAAGCGCUACGUGGAAAACUACCGCCGCCACAUCUUCUGCGUGGUCAUCUUCUACGGAAUCAUGGCCGGCGUCAUGGUCGAGCGCGCCUACUAUUACGCAGUUGGUGCAGAGCACUUUGGGAUCCGGCAGGUGACGGAGGCGGGGAUCAUCCUGUCGCGCGGCACGGCGGCCGGGAUUUCAUUCUGCUACUCGUUCAUCCUCCUCACCAUGUGCCGGAACAUCAUCACGGCGCUGCGCGAGACGGCGCUCAACCACUACAUCCCGUUCGACUCGGCCGUGGAAUUUCACAAAAUCAUCGCAAUGACCGCCGUCAUUCUGUCCAUCCUGCACAGCAUUGGCCAUGUCGUGAACGUGUACCACUUUUCAGUGCUGCCACUCAGCGUGCUGUCCUGCCUCUUCCCAAACGUGUUCUUCAAUGACGGGUCCGAGAUGCCUAAAAAGUUCUACUGGUGGUUUUUUCAAACAAUACCAGGUAUGACAGGUGUGCUGAUACUGGCGGUGCUUGCGGUGCUGUACAUAUUCGCCAGCCGCUUUGCCCGCAGUCACACCUUCAAUGCCUUCUGGAUCACCCACCAGCUGUACAUCCUGCUCUAUGUUUUGACCAUUCUGCACGGCAGCGUUGGCCUCAUCCAGAAGCCUAUGUUCUACGUAUACUUUCUGCCACCAGCUCUUAUUUUCCUGGGCGACCGUCUCUUGAGCCUGAGCCGACGCAAGGUGGAGAUCACUGUGCUCAAGGCUGAGCUGCUUCCCUCAGGAGUGACUCACCUGCAGUUUAAGCGCCCGCAGGGAUUUGAGUACAAGUCUGGGCAGUGGGUGCGCGUGGCCUGCCUUACCCUGGGACGGAGCGAGUACCACCCUUUUACGCUCACGUCCGCACCCCAUGAGGGCACCCUGAGCAUCCACGUGCGUGCUGCGGGCCCAUGGACCACCCGCCUUCGUGAAGUCUACUCUUCAAAGAGCAUCAGCAGUGAUGGAUGCUUCUCCAAGAUAUACCUGGACGGUCCAUUUGGAGAGGGCCACCAGCACUGGAAUGACUUUGAGGUGUCUGUGCUGGUGGGAGGAGGCAUUGGCGUCACUCCAUUUGCUUCCAUCCUCAAGGAUGUCGUCUACAAGUCUUCCAUUAACUGCCAGGCUCAUGCCUGCAGAAAGCUGUACUUCAUUUGGGUGACACGGACCCAGAGGCAGUUCGAGUGGUUGACGGACAUCAUCCAGGAGGUGGAAGAAAACGACAAGAACGACUUGGUGUCCAUCCAUAUCUACAUCACGCAGUUCGCGGAGAAAUUCGACUUGCGCACAACUAUGCUGUACAUCUGCGAGCGUCACUUCCAGAAGGUGUCCAACCGCAGUCUGUUCACGGGACUUCGCUCCAUCACGCACUUUGGCCGCCCGCAGUUUGUGCCCUUCCUCAACUCCCUGCAGAAACUGCACCCAGAGGUUGGAACGGUCGGCAUUUUUAGCUGCGGACCCCCGGGCCUCACGAAGACCGUUGAGAAGUCUUGCCGCCAGUUAAACCGCUGCGAUCAAACCCGCUUUGUCCACCAUUACGAGAACUUCUGAAUUCACAAAUGUUGCACUCAUCGCAUAUGCCUGAUAUAUAUUUUACUCAUCAAUAACAAAAUGAUUAACUCGCUGGUCAUGAAAACCGUUUUAGAAUUUUACUAUAUCACAAGUGGUACACUUUAAACGGUCAGCUAUGUUGUGAUAUUUUUUAUUUUGUUGCGUUAAUUUGCAGUCAGAAAAUAAGCAGAAUAAUAUUUCCUGAAGCAAGGCUUUUCAAUAUUCAAUAUUUACAUGGAAUUUAGGCUCUCUUUGUCCACCAUGACAAGAACUUCUUAUUCCAGUUUCCAUUCUAACAAUAAUAUAAGAGAAAUAUGUUUUGAAAUAACUAUCACUUAAAAGAAGUGGAAAUGUCCAUCGGUCUUCAUGAUUUUCAAGGUAAUUAUCAAUCGAAUAUUAUAAUUAUGGAAGUUUGAUUCUCAAAGGGACUUCCUUUUUUGGUGGAAUUUUGUGUGGUGACAGAGUACCGCUUAAACAAUUUAAAAAAAUCAAUAAUUUUGAUUUAAAGCUUUCGUGACUGCAGGGAUUAAUAUUCUUGGUUCUUUCGGUAAAGUCACGUAGAAGGGAAAUAAUAAAAAAUAUAUAUAUAUAUUAAACAAUAC